CACAGGCUGAUCAGACCUGGGUGUGUGUCCCCAACAUCUUGGGGCCUAGUUGGGUUCUCUCCUCCUGAUCCAGAGCCGACGGCUGCAGCGUUUGGUGACCCUGCAGCUUGCAGUCAUAAGCUCUGGAUGUCACUGUGAACAUGACUGCACUUCAGGAGGGAGCUGAAACAGCACGAGUGGGAAUCGUACUUAGUGGAAUCUCAGAGUGUGAAGACGGUUUAGUUAUUAGUGAAGACGGACAUGGACUGAGCUACACGUCAGGAAGAAAUAAGGAAGAAACAUCCUUUUCAUUUGACCAAGUUGUGAAUGUUGACAACAUACAGAGCGUCCAUGCUGAGCUCCUGCAGCCUCUCACUGACUCCAUAUCUGCUGGUUAUAAUGGAGCUCUGCUGGUAUGUGGAGUCCCCACAGAGAGGAUUUGCUCUCUGAUUGACCAAAGCAUCAUCAAACAACUCCUGGCUGAGCUGUUCAGUCGCAUCUUGUCACAAGAGAAAGAGUUGCUCAUCUCUGUGUCGUUCCUUCAGUUUUAUCCAGAUGGCAGUGCAGUAGAUGUUCUCAGCCCCGACAGACAGACUUUAAAACUUGUCACACACCCUGUCCUUGGAAGUCUUGUAGGAGGUUUGUGUGAGGUGUGUGUGUGUUCAGAAGAGGAGGCCUACGCUCUGUAUGAAACCUGCAGGGAGACACUGAAGGCCAGAGCAGACUCCAUGUCCAACAGAUGUAGUUUCCUGUUCUCAGUGGCUGUUGAAUGGAAACUUCAUCCAGAGGAGGAGGAGUCGGAGGUCUGCCGCAGCCGGCUGCAGCUGUUCAGCCUGGCAGGAGGAGCCAGCAGGACUGACCUCAGAGGAGUCAGUCCCCUGGUGAAGGUUUUGGACCAAAUCUCCUGUGGAGCUACAACAGCUGACCAGCUCCUCCCUCUCCUUCUAUAUGACGCCUUAACAGGAAACAGUAGAGCGGUCCUGAUUUACUGCAUUAACCUGCAAGGCCUUCUGGAUUAUGAGACCCCCUCUGCCUUAGCUUUGGCCCAGAAGGUGAGGGGCUUGGUGAAUAAAGCCACUGUUGGUCGCUGGAAUCCAAGAGCGACCGAACGGGAGAUCCGUGAUAAAAUCAUGGAACUGCAAACCCUGAUGAUGUCACAGGGUGGAGGUGAAUUUCAGAACACUCACAGGCUGGCAGAGCUGACUCAAAACCUACAGAUUGUGAAGAAUCAGUCAUGGGAGAGGAGGAGGGACGAGUCGAAGGAAAUAAAAAACAAUAGACAGGAGCACGGUCCGACCCCGAACUGCAACUGGCACAGCAGUGAUCACAGAGAGACAACUGACACAGAGAGGAAUUUACAAGAACAACUGAAACUAGAGAUGGAAGAACAUAUCAGAGAGGGUAAAGGGAAAGUGGAGAAAGUCCAGGAGAGAGUAGCUAGAAUCCAGGAGCUGAAGAAGGCUCUCAGAGAGGAGACACUGAAGAACGGGGCUGUUACAGAGAAAUCUGACCUCUGUCAACAAUCUCAAUUGGAAUACAAUAAAGCAAAGGAGCGGAGGAGACUACUUAAAGAGGAUCAUGGGAGAUUAAUCCAGGAGGAGGUGGAGAAGAUGGAGAGAGACUUGGCACAGGAGCAGCUACCGAAUGAGGGGCCCCAGCGAGAGCUGCUGGUGCUGACCAGAGAGAGGCAGGUCCUGGUGAUGCAGAUGGAGGCCCUACGCACUGAGGCCCUGCAGGCAGAGAGAGAUCUGCAGGAUCAGUAUCACAGACACCAGCAGGAGCUGUGUUGUCUGAGGGAGGAGAGUCUGCAGGUGUUCAGGGCGUUUCGUCAGGUGAGCGAGGAGCACAGGAAGAUGUCAGAGGGCAGAUACAGAUGUGUGCUGCUGGAGGCCGUGCAGGAUGCUGUCUACCUCUCUGCACAGAACCAGCAGCUGCAGGCCGACAACAGACAACUCCACAAAGCACUGGGAGAGUUAAAGGAUGCUCUGGCUGUGAGAGCUGAUCCUAAGGUUGAACCUUUUUCAAACAACAAUGAAGAGUAUUCAAAGAGCAUGCUUACUGCACAUUGUGAAAUAUAAAACUGUUUCCGAAGAAAUUUAUUGUACAUCGUGUAAAACUAUCUUUCUUGUUGGAGGAGAAUGUGACACAAAACAGAAAAACAUGACAAUAGCAGCACUCUUUAGAAAAGUUUUACUGAAGAAAAUAUGAUCUUUACUUGCAUUGUUUGACAUAAUCAUAAAUUAAACUCUAAAACAUGA